CCCGUUAGAGCAACACACACCGGCUGUUAGAGCAACACACACCGGCUGUUAGAGCAACACACACCGGCCCGUUAGAGCAACACACACCGGUCCUGUCUUGUGGGGAUGGAGUUGGGUCGAGGGUUCCUUCUGGACUAGAAGGUCCCCAUUCAAUCCAACCUGCUUCCACGAUGGCCUUCAGAAGGGCCCUGGACCUCCUUCCUAAAGGACGUCUGUGGGUUUCUCACUUUCAAAAAUCACCCAACGUCAUUGGGCCAAAUGUCACACUUCUCGACUGGACCACCAGGACCACCAGGACCACCAGGACCACCAGGACCACCAGAGCCCUCCACAUCGCCGCCGGGCCUCUGGCGGGGGCCAGGUUGCUGUCGGUGGACGAGCUUUUUGCCAAGAGGUCUCUGCAGGAGCACCUGGAGAAGCUGGAGACGGAGUACAGCGAGCGCUUGAGGGCGGCCAGCAGCGAGGACGACGAGCCGAGGGCCAAGAGGGCCAACGUGGCCCUGCUGGCCCCGCUGGUCCACAGCAUCAGGGAGCUGGACUCCAAGCAGAGAGAGAAGGCCGAGACCGAGGCGCUGCUGAGAGACGAAGACCCGGCUCUGAGAGAACUGGCGGAGCUGGAAUACGAAGGAUGUCUGCGAGAUAUUCAAGAUCUCAGACAAAAGAUCCUGGACCUGCUGCUCCCGGAGGAGGAGGACGAUCUGAGUGACCUGGUCCUGGAGGUGACGGCCGGGGUCGGGGGUCAGGAGGCCAUGCUGUUCACCGACGAGGUGUUCGACAUGUACCAGGGCUACGCUCGGCACCACGGCUGGUCCUUCGACAUCCUGGAGCACGUGGCCAGCGACAUAGGUCAGAGCUACAAGAGGAUGAAGUUUGAGGCCGGAGUCCAUCGGGUUCAGAGGGUCCCCCGGACCGAGAAACAGGGCAGGAUGCACACCAGCACCAUGACGGUGGCAGUGCUGCCCCAACCCACUGAGAUCUCUCUCACGAUAAACUCCAAGGACCUGAGGAUAGAAACCAAGCGAGCGAGUGGAGCCGGAGGGCAACACGUCAACACCACGGACAGCGCAGUCCGGAUCGUCCACCUGCCCACAGGUGUGGUCGCAGAGUGCCAGCAGGAACGCUCCCAGAUAAAGAACAAGGAGAAAGCCAUGAAGGCUCUGAGGGCCAAACUGUACAGCAGGAAGCUGGAGGAGGUGACGAGCAGACGCUACAACCAGCGCAAAGUACAGAUUGGUACCAAAGGCCGAUCAGAGAAGAUCCGGACCUACAACCUGUCCCAGGACCGCAUCACGGACCACCGCAUCGGGCUGACGCUGCACGACACCCGGAGCUUCCUGCUGGGAGAGGAGCUGCUGGACCAGAUGAACUCCUCGCUGCAGGAGUUCUCCGACCAGGAGGCGCUGGAGGAGCUGCUGGGAGAAACCCAGCGGGACGGCACGUGAGACUUCCUGUUGACCUCGUUCAGGACCGGAGGAGGAGGAGGAGCACCGUGAAGACGGCUCUUCACCACGGGAACCCCAGCUGCUACCUGCGCUCUCUUCAGAGACACCAGACUCCGCCCACAAGCAGGGGGGUGACCUCAUAACUCAAUAAAUACUAUUAAUGUGAGUG